GAUGUUGUUGAUCGUACACGAUCGUCGGGCGGUCGCAACAUCGAAUGUAUUCUAGCCCUACAAAAUAAUUAUAUAAGGCGGUGCUUUAUCGCUCGUCCUUAUGCAUAUUCGCUCCUCUUUAUGCAAAUGUGACCUAAUAACAGAAGCUUCGUACAGCCGGAUACAUAUCUACGUGUGUUUGAAGCGCUAGUACACCAACAAUCAUGAACUACGACAGCCUUCGUUCCCCGUACGAAGACGAUUUGCAUGGACAAUGUCCUCGCAAGCGUCUGAAAGGCGAACAUGGUACCGAAACGGAAUCCGAAAGGCUGCUUCAAGAGAUGCUAACAAAACAGCUUGACACCCGGUUUUCCGUCAAACAUCUUUCAGAGCAGCAGAAACACUUCACAGCUGCCGGGAACUAUGUGGAACUCCCUGUCGCUGGCGCUCGCUCUUUGGAUGAGUACAAAGCAGUCGAUUCACGUGAACAAGAGAUACAAGUAUUGCUGAAAUGUGGUCUCACGAACGAUGAAAUCGAACUAUAUCUCCAGUCAAAAGACUCUGCGAUGGUAAAGCAAAAGCACCCUUUGAUGGAUCCAGUCAUGCUGGAUUCGAGGCUGAAGCAUAUAGAGUCAAAGGUGAAGAAUGGCCAGAAGUUCAUUGAAAAUGCCUGCUUAGACCAACUGAAGAGCGAAGAGCACUUUGCUUACUUGGGGAUUGAUGGUGCCGGCACAUCGUCUUUGGAGACUAUCACCUGCACGGAGAGUUCUUCCUCACAAACGGCACUUCCUAAAGAUCCCAUGAGCCACAUCGCAGAGUUUUUGCAGAGACUGAUGGAAAGAGUGAUGAGCAGGAGAAGAAAGAAGAGACAAACUGAACCAGAGCAUUGCCUGUCGCAUACAAAUGAAGAUGAAAAGCAAGCACCAGAUAAGAGCAGCGAAUGUGCUGAAGGGAAGCGUCGUCCAGACCCGACCAUCUAUCAUGCUGUUGUGCCCCUUCCCGAAGACGAAAUAACAGCGGAAAGACUCGGGCUUGACGAGAUUAAAAAGCUGCCACGCUUCCAUGAUUACAGUCCAGGGUGUGAAAGCCAAGUGCUGUACCUGAAAAACCUGCACCACAAAACAGACAUUCGAGAACUGAUGGCACUAUUUUGCCGCUUCGAUGAGGAGGCUUGCCCAGUGAAGUACAGGCUUUUGUCUGGCAAGUUGAGGGGACAAGCAUUUAUCACUUUACCGAAUGUACAGGCUGCCAAAAAGGCACUGGAGCUGUGCAAUGGAUAUGUUCUAAGAGGAAAGCCAAUGGUCAUAGAGUAUGGAAAAAAUAAAACAAGAACGGCUUAAACUAGUCUG